CGACUUAAUAAUACGUCACAAAGCGGGUAAUUAUCCGCUAAUAGAUCAUGUAGGAGCGAAUAGCGCAGUGAACUUGAGUGUAACUUGACACGGUGUGCGUGCGUGGCCUGCUCGCUCUACUAUUAUGGGCGGGUUAGUCGUUGGGGGGUUGGUUGGUAUGGGGCGCCGUCACUUCCCAUGAAGCCUUCAUGCUUACGCAAACAAACCUAACUACCUUUCGUAUUCGCUAAACAAGGGGCGAUAUCGACUUCUACAACUUCGCCUUUUAAAUUUUCCGUUUAAAUUUGUAUGAAAAUAAUUUAAUUGUUCAACUCCGUACGCAUUAUUAUGUCAUAAUCAUAAUCGGAAAUCGCGAAGUAAAUUGACGCGGCACGAGCGCAACCUUGUGGUAGGAAUCGUAAAAUAGGAUUCCGCUAGGAGGAAUCGUAUAAUGACGCCACACACACAGUUGUUGCUCUGUAGCGCAACUAACGGAUACUGAACAUGCAUCAACCAUCCGUUAGGUGGUGUUGUAGGCACAGGAUAUGUAGCGGCACUUACAAAACAUAAUUGAAUUAGUUUUGGAAUGUAAAGGGUUUGUCGCGGGAGAGAUGUUUGUCACAUGACAGGUCCCUUGUGUACGUCACAAUAAGCGUUUGUGCAGCGAUAGUGACGUAACACACGCUUGAUCUCAAUGUCACAAUGCCAGUUGUCAAUAUUAAUGUUUCCGAUAACGUUCAAGGUCCCAUGGUGGGGGGUUGUAGCAUUGGUUGGCAUUGAUGGUUGUCACGGUUGAGAUUGAAUGUUCAUUAUUUCGUCAUAGUCGCGAGACUAUGAGAGCGCAAGGUACGUUAGUUACCAUGGUUGCGUGACGUGUGUGUCACAUCACAUGACGUAGUUAUUACGUCACAGGUAGAAAAUAACUUUUUGAUUUAUGUUUUAUUGACGUUUGUUGUUGAUUGUGACGCAACAAGUAUGGCAUUGUUUGCGUCAUAAUGGUCAUUAUAGCUGAGUUACUCGCUAUCGCGCGGUUGGGUCGCGUCACUCAACAGCGCUCGGGUUGUUGAGGCUUAUGGGUUAGGGUUAGGGGGCUUGGGAGGAGGGGGGUUAGACAAUCAUCUUCGUGUCGCCGACGUCGUCACGCAUGACUACACACGUGACGUAGAUUGCUUGCAUAAGCCUUGCAACCAAUCCGCUUUGAGCCCAGGAAUUUUAAUAGCUUCACCCACCCGUGACCGUCAAUGUCAACGUCAUAAUUCCCUUUGUUCUUUUGACGCGAUUAAUAAUCAAGUCAUUAUGUUAAAACAAACCGUAUUUCUUGUUUAUUCCCGAAACGCCACGAAAAUAUUUUAAUUGCUUUGUCUGGCAGGCUAAUUCAGGUAAGAACACGUGACUAAUUUUGUUUGCGAGUCCACCGAUGCGUGACGGGGGCCGAGAUAGAAAUAAUAAAGAUUUAGUGUCGUGUGUUCUUGGUGAUGAAUGUCGACCGCGACCCUCGAACCUGCGAUCCGGAAAGUUCUAGAAAGUGAAGAAGUUUCAUCCAAUUAAGGAGCGAUCACCGAUACUGGAAUGUUGGGCAUUGUUUAGUCAUAACCGACUUGACUUUGCCGGGCGACGACGUUCAUCGAAUGCUCUGUGACGCAUCAAAGGUAAAUUGUUUAUUUAUUAUUAGUUAUGACGUGACAAUAUGUAUUAUGACUUAGAAUAUUGAAUUCAAAAUGGCGAAAGCGUUAAAAUGGCGACGCUUAGUUAAACAAUGCUUAUUUCCUUUAUAGGUUUUGGAAUUAAUGAUUGUGACGUCAUAUUGGAUUUCAACGUUAUACUGUGACGUCACAACAUCGAUUAACCACGUGACUGAAAUGAAAAAAAGUCAAUGGCUGCAGUAAACGAAACGUUGAAACUUUGCAAGAUUCCUAAUUGUUUGUGCAAGGAAUUUAAUAAAAAAGAUCUUCAACCGCGAGAGUGCGCUGUUUGCGGCCACCCUUGGAUCUUACACGAUUGUCAAACUUUCAAUGGAACCAAUCAACCAAAACCAAUCCUUAAAGAUGAAAUUCAUCAUAUGACGUCACUCGUGUUACGUGGCGUUGACGUCAUCCCGAUAAGGUUAAAAAUUCUCUUGGAUAAAAUAUUUUCAAGUUUGGCGUUGGACGAUAUAUCAGCAUUGUUACGUCAUAACCUGUGGACGGAACGAGAAUACGCGCGUGGAUAUAAAGAUACGGACUGCGGUGGUUUCCCCAAAGUAUACGACCACCAAUUUGAGGAGAAAUUUAUCUUGGUUUGUUUUGUUCGUUAUAAAGAAACGUUCAAGUUGGCCAAGCAGAUUAUGUUGGCGGAUUAUGAGAGCCAACAAAGAUCGAUUCAAUUUGCGUCUGUGACGUCAUCAAAGCAAAACAAUUCUUCAACAGUCAACCACUCUAUGACGUCACAGUUGUUUGAUUUAUCACGUCACGAUUAUGACGUAGAUGCUAUUGUUGACGUCACAGAUUCUAAGAGUUAUGUCCCAUCAGAAUCAUCCAACCAUAACGCGCCAUCAAACCGAAAACGACAGCGGAAGUCGACGUGUCCGUACCGACGUCACGGCCCUGACGUCACUAUGACGUAUGACGAAACAGCGUCCCCUGUGACGUCAGAGGUGUCUUCAAUUUCACCGAUGUCAAACAAAGCAAAACAACUCGAUGACGUCAUAAAGGAUCCAUUGCCAUGUAACAAUGAAGUGAUAAAGCGACGUCACAGUACCGGCGAGUUAUCGCGGACAUUGCUACGUCACAAACGAUCGCUGUCCCUCCCCACGAUCGCCCAACCACGACCUGGUAAAAUUGAAGAUGCCCCGGUGGCGGUUCCCCCCCAACCCCACGUCAUAUCCGCUAAACCAAACGACGAUAUAUACAGCGGUGGCGAAAUACAUGGUGGGGUUUGGAUUCCAACUCGGUCAAGGAAUUGUCAUUUAUGUGGAAAGGAAUUCAAGAAUGUGUACAGUGUAAAGCUUCAUAUAAAGAACGUUCAUUUAAAAGAGAUGUGGCAAUGCAGUGUGGGGGGUUGUACAGCGACAUUUCCAUCGAAACGAAGCAGAGAUCGACAUAGCGCAAAUGUUAAUCUACAUAGUAAGUUACGACUACGAGGUUUAUACAGCGACCCGUGCAUUAGCAAUCAAACAAGCGGCAUGGCUGAAAGUUUGAGGGAAAAACUAUUACCAACUCUCUUCUGCCACCAACAGGCCGCAUCAACGACUCCUAGUCAAUCAACUUCCUGUGACGUCACAAACGUUUUAAGCGAUAGUAAUCGGGAUGUUAUGACAUCACAAUACGAAAAUUCGUCAUUCAGGAAAACUUAUGAAAAGUUUUAUAAAAAAGCUUUAAAGUUUUAUGAAAGCAACCAACCAGAACCUAUCGCUUAUGACGUUGCAAACAACAUGAAUCGUCACAAACAAAGAUCGAAGAGCUCUGUGACGCAACCAACAUUCAAUGACGUCAAGGAUGACGUCAUGUUUGUACGUAAAUUUUCUUUACCUGACGUUACAGUAUGUCAAAAUGACGUCACAGUACGUCAUGAUGAAGUCACAGUAUGCCAUGAUGACGUCAUACGUUAUAAACCAGGAUUCCCAUCCGGGUGGUUUCCCCAAUAUAAAAGUUUCAACGGUAACAGCCGCAUGGUGGAGCCAACGGGAAGUCGAAGAAAAUCUGAACCUUUCCCGCCAACAAACGACAUUGUGACGUCAUCAAUGAAACGUCGAAUAUCAUCGGUUGAACGAUUUCCGUCGAUGCCGUCGUACCCUGGGUGGUGUUCGAAUCUAUACCAUCCAUACACAAGAAUACAGGGUGUGACGCAACAAACCAACCAUGGUGACGCUUUAUUACGUCAUAAUUGGAUGAACGCUACUCUGCUCGCUGCUGCCUUUAGCGGUAACAGACCAACAGCGCCACUUAACGGAUUUCCUGGACCGAUGGACGACGUCAUAUACUCGGGACGAUCGGAAGCAAUGACGUCAUGUGAUGACGUCACUGAGUUAGAUGACCCGACCCUAUGUAUGGGUGGAAACACAUGGAAGACGGGGCCAGUACAGUGUAAUAUAUGUAAACGCAUGUACAGCAAUAAGGGGACAUUGAGAGUCCAUUUUAAAUCUGUACAUUUACGUGAAAUGCAUCAAUGUACAGUCCCUGGUUGCGAUAUGAUGUUUACAUCUGUACGUAGCAGGAACAGACAUAGUCAAAACCCUAAUCUACAUAGAAGUAUUAAAAUAUAAAUCUUAAUGAUGUAAAACUUUAUUUAUUGUUUGCAUCACAAUGUACCACUGUGACGUCAUGUGCCAAUCCUCUAGGUAUUGUUACGUCACACUUGCUUUGUGAUGUCAUUCACUUUCAUACUCGAAUGUGGAAAGUGCU